GAGGUAGCGGGAGGCCCGGCGGGGCGGGGGCGGCGUGGACGCUCCGUGAGGAGUCUCCGUGAGGGGCUGCGGGUUCCUCACACCCCGGCACCGCCGAGAGGAAGGCUGGGGGAAGCUGUGAUGCACAUCUGUUUGACGAAGAAGGCAUCAGCUUUUCCUAGAGGGAAAAUAAUGAAAGGCAAAGCACAUUCAGAUUAUUUUGAAGUCCAGGAUUUUGUCAAGAAAAAGAAGAGGAAACACAAUGAUUCCAACAACAAACGCAAAAAUGCUGAAAUUGUGGAAGAUCCGGAGCUUGGCCAUGCAUCCCAAGUGCUCUUUGAAGAUUCAGCAGUGGAGGACAGGAAAAAGAAGAAACUGAAGAAAAAGGAUGAGAAGCAGCAGGCUUUGAUAGAGAAUUACUUUGGGACUGUGGAACAUGAAAUCAGCAAUGGGACUGGAACAGCUGAUUCGCCGAGGAAGAAGAGGAAGAGGAUGGGUCAGGACAGCGCUGAUGAGCUCAGCGAUGUCACCUGUGUUCCUGGGAAUCAGGACUGCCAGGAGGGUGCUGCUGAUUUUGCUCCUUCUAAAAAACCCAAGAAGAAAAAGAAAGAAAAGCAGCCUGAAGUGGAUGAGGUGUGUGAGCUGUCUCCCUCUGAGGAGCACAGCAAGGGCCACAAAGAGAAACCCAAAAAGAAGAAGAAGAGGAGAGAGGGCAGUGCCCAGGAUGUGCAGGAGGACACAGAUGGAGCAGCUGAGCAGCCGCCCUUAGAACAGGACAGGGGCUGGCCUUCAGAUGAGGAUGGAGGCUGUGAUGCUGCUUCUGCCAUCAGUGAGGUCUCUAUGGAGCUCCCUGCUGAUUUUUCUACACCCAGUAAAGCAGCUGAUAGAGCUAAAAAGACUCCAGUACGUGCUAAAAAGGCAUAUAAGAUUUGGUGUAUUUUAUUUUAUGCUUUGUUUUUCAAUACCAGGACACCAAAAGCCUCAUCAUAUAAAAAGAAGAAGCAGAAGCAGCAAGACAGUUCUUUUGCUGAAUUGGCAGCCUCUGAUGAGGUCAGUGUGGAUGGUGAAGAAGGCCUGGACCCUGCCAGAACUUCAUUCAUGGAUUUGGAUACUGCAAGACAAGAACUGGAAGAGUUUAUUCCUCAUGUGAAGAAUAUAUCAGACAGUUCAAUCAAGAAAAUGUCUGGAAGAGACCUGACAAGGUUUAAGGAGUUUAAAAAACAGGGUAUUGCUGUCAAGUUUGGCAGAUUUACCCAGAAGGAAAAUAAACAAAUCCGGAAAAACGUUGAAGAGUUCUUAUCACUUACUGGAGUGGACAGUGCUGAAAAACUUUUGUUUACCUCGAGAUAUCCAGAAGAUAAAGACACCAUCCAUCACCUGAAAAUAAAACAUAAUUUUUGUGAAAAAAUCUCUGAGGGCAUUCCCCGGCCCUGGAGACUGGUAUAUUAUCGAGCAAGGAAGAUGUUUGACCCAAAUAAUUACAAAGGAAGGUAUACUAUGGAAGAAAAAGAACAAUUAAAGAAGUAUCAAGCUCUGCAUGGCAAUGAUUGGAAGAAGAUUUCUGAGUUGAUGUCCCGUUCUAACCUCUCAGUUGCUAUGAAAUUCUCUGAAAUCAAGUCAGCUAUCAACUAUGGUGCUUGGACAAAGGAGGAGACCCAGAGGUUAAUGAGUGCAGUGAAGGAAGUGCUGAGGAGAAAACUGAACACAGAAAAUCCAAGUUCUGUUUCCUCACUGGAACAGUCAAAUGUGGAUCUCUGGAUUGACCGUGAGAAACUGUACCAGUCACUGCCAUGGACUGAGAUUGAAACCAGAGUGGAAAGUCGAUAUUGGAGACAAUGCAAACAGAAAUGGAAUUCAAUUUUAAUGAGCAAGUUGAACAGACAGCAACAGUUGCACAGAGGGACCAAUGGAUUAAAGGCCAAGAUCAAUCUUAUUAAAAGGUUGUAUGAAACAAAAGCAGAGGAUGCCAGUGAAGUAAACUGGGAUGAACUCAGUAGUGCUAUUGGAGAUGUUCCUAGAUCCUAUGCUCAAGCAAAGUUUUAUAGGCUAAAAGUGUCCUCUGUCCCUUUAUGGAAGAGAAAGACUUUUUCUGAAAUUAUUGACUAUCUGUAUGAAAAGAAGCUCCCAGAACUUGAAGAAAAACUAAGGAAAGAAGAGGGUAAAUGCCAUAGUUUUGACAAUUCGGUAGCCAGUCAGCAGCAGCAGAUUUUCCGACUCAGUGACAUUUUUGACUCCAGUGAAGAGAGUGAUUAAUUGAUUGUCCUAAAAGAAAUGCCUAAUUUGCAUAUUUAACUGCAAAUGGGUCUGGUUGAAAGUGGGUACAGCUCACCACCUGCAAGUACCCAAGCUGAUAAUGGGAAAAGUCAGGACAGGCACCUCUGAGUGUCUUGUUUCAUCUUGAAGAUGGAGUUGAAACAGAGCUUUUGUGCAACUUUUUAUUUAAUUUAACUCUGAUUUUAGAAGUUUUCAUGUAAGCAUCCAAGUUGCUUUUUAAAAGUCUCAAAAUACUUUUUCUGUGGAGUUGAAAGCUGCUGUUUUCCCUUUAUGAAUGAACUUAGUUUUAAGAACUUUAUUUCUUUUUUAAAUUCAUGAGAUUGGAAAAAGGUUUUCAGUUGGCUUUUAAAUCUCUUUAAUAAUCAAGUCUUAAGACAUCUAUGUUGAUGAAAAUGGCACAACUUUUUGAGUUGGCUUUUUUUUAAACAGAUGUCUUAUUCUUAAAAGCAACUGAUUUUCUUUUUGAUGCAGACUUACAUUUUUCCUACCCCUUCUGGAGAAAAAGGACUUUUGUACAUUACUGUUCAUUUCAUGCUGAGCAAAACAAAAAAUUUAAAAUGGUGUAAUUAAUAUUUGGAAUUACUGAGACAAAACAGUGUGUUUAUAUAUUUAUGUAUGCAUAUUUUUAUUUUGCCAAGGAGAAUUUCUACCAUUUAAUAAGAAAAUUAAGCAAUAAGAUGGAGGUUGUACUCAUGUUUUGUAAGAUAUUUUUAACCCUGUGUCUAAAGUGAUUAUUUGUAAAUGGACUGAAUUAAUGUAAAAAAACCCCAAAGUAUCUUAGUGUGUUUUAAGAGAUGGGGACUUCAGCUGGCUUUUCUUUCUAAUGCUGUUUAUUCCACAGCUUAGGUUACAGCAGGGGGUCAUGGGCUGGCCUACAGCUGCUGGCUCUAGGCAAGCCCUGUGUCCUGAAGCCCCUUUGGUUCAGGUUACAAUGCAUUAAUCUCUUUCUGUGCAUAUUAUUACAUAACAACCAAUCAGCUUCAUACACUAUACCUUUACAUUUACAUAUAUCCUAUCAAAACUGCUAGAGUUACCAUGCUGUUAGUGACUAACCAAUCAUCUGAGUUAGCAAUUCCAUGUUAAACUUUAAAACUUGUUAUGCAGUGGAAAAUUCUUUUUGCUUUGGUAAAAAACAUCUUUAUCUGCUUAUGCUUUUUUACUUGGUUGCAAACAUGCUUUGAAGACCACUUGACUUAUUGGACUUACAGCCAUAAACCUCCUCCUAACUAACUAAACCUUCCAACUUGACUAAACCUUUGUUCUCUCAGCAACAACUAUCCCUAAAAAUAUCUUUUUAUAUAUUAAAGCUUGCUUUCAUUUCUAAACAACCUUCUGCUAAGCAUUCACAUUGUUAUAAAUGAAAUUAGGAUUUGACAGCUAGAUUUAUUGAGUUAACAGCAGUUUAAUUAAAAAUGAAUACAAUUUAGUGAAUUGAAUAAUAAUUUGGUAUAAGAAAAUACAAUUUAGUAAAAGAAUACAAUUUAGCAAAAACCCACAAUUUAUAUAUGUAAUUUGCCAGUAAUUAAGCAUGAUUAAUGCAUAAGCAAAACUGACUGGGGUAUGGAGAGGGCUUCUCACCCCACCUCACGUACAAAACAAAGUAAAUUCAAACAAAACUUACAUACUAUAUGUUUAUACAUAUUUAUUAAUGUUUCCCAUAAGUCUCCACCUAUUUCUGAUUCUUUAAUUUUAUGUCACUGUUCUUCAUGGCACAUGCCUCACAAUUUAGUUAGCAAGAAUCAUUCGCAUUUAUUACAACAUCCAUAAAACUUUUCUGUUCAAUUCUCAUCCUUCCCAACACUGUGUAAAGUCUUUGUAGGGCUUGUUUAUAUUUCCCAUAUGAUGCACUAGCCAGUAAUGCAAGAACACUUGGUCCAUGCUUUUUGAGAGUCAUUUUGAUAAGUGACAACUUCCCUCUUCAAUUCUAAUAAUCAUCAUGGAAAAUCUGGAGUUUUCAAUGGUUUGAAAUAAAGGUCCUGUUGGAGGGUCUGGAAGGUGACACAUAGCAAGGGCUUUAAAAUUAGAACUUUCCAUAUUUAACUCUGUCUGGCAUUAGUCUCUCUGAAGAUAGGAAGCACUGGGAUUUUUGUGAGACAGGCAGGACCUUCUCUGCAAUCAGGCACUCCUUUGAGGGUAAAGUUUUCCAGCCAGGAGAUGAAAUGGGAUGGGUGGAAGGAAACACACUGCUUCCACUUAAGUCUGUGUUGCUUCAUGAGUCUUGAAGGUGUUAAAAUCCAAGAAACUUGAAUUUCUGAAUGUAAAAAGUUUGUGUUUUUCAAGAGGUUUUUUUCCCUGGAAAAUGGAGGUGCUCUGAAUUCCUUUCAGGCAAGAGCACAAACGAUGCCUGUUUGUAGAGUUUGUACAGUAGAUCUUGUAGAAAUAAACUUCUACCUCCAUGCUGCGAUUUAUUUUAUUCUUUGCUGUAAAAGAAAACUUCUGUGGCUGAGUGGAAUGCACCUCACUCUGAAGAGAGAAGCAGCAAUGUUUUUUUGAGCAAAAAGAAUAAUUUGUCAAAGUUCAAUAAAUUUGAUGGAAUUUAA